AUGCGCACGAGCGGCCAGAUUCAGGGAUACUCCCUUCUUCCUCUUUGGAAUUCGAUGAAACGUCGUCUUGCUGACGCGAUCCUGCAUUUUCGACCCUGGGGGCAUCACGUAUACGUCGUAGACUCGCUGCGCUUCGAACUGACUUUCCUCCGAGUCUUGGUUGGGAAUGUGCGCCUGCAGACAGGAGAGUUGCCCCCGUUUUCGACCUUCAUUUGGACAGUCCAAAUGGCUAUACACGGUGACCCAGACCGCAAGUUCCCUACCUUACCCGGCGAAGCUAUCAAGCUCUUGACCGGCUCUGAAGGACCUGAGCCCAUCGACACAACCAACUUUCCGCGUUGGUGGUACGACGCACCGAGGGACUUGACGCAGGACCAUCACGCUCGGCCUCCCUUCAAUAUCUCACUUUGGAUAUUGGACGACAGCUCAUCCGAGAUGCGAAGACGGGCCGAGGCAGAAACGGAGGUGGGUUACACUUUGUUUGUUUUUGACUUUCUGGGCACAGAACUGAACUAA